AUGAAGAGGAUCGUCGAUCGGCUCCCCCAAACAGAUUCAGAACGCCGAAUCGUUCGUCACUUGGUUAUUCGCGACCCCAAUUGCGGGGUAAGUGACGAAUGGGUUGCCCCAGAGAUGGUUUUCUGUCGUCAUUUGGAGUCGGUAGUGCUCUCUGGGGUAACAGACACGUCUGACAAGACUAUUGUCCGUCUCGCACGUGAAAACUGCAAUAUACAAGGUCUUGACCUUACUGGGUGCAAGUACGUCACUGACGUGAGCAUCAUGGAACUGGUCGCGAAAACACCUCCUUUGCAGUGGCUGCAGCUCAGCGGGGUAGUACUCACUGAUGCUUCAGUCUCAGCAAUCGCUAAGACCUUCCCGAAGCUUGUGGAAUUGGAGCUGAACGACCAGCCGCUCAUGACGGCUGUGUCUGUUCGCGACAUUUGGUCAUAUUCUAGAAAACUUCGCACUUUGACGUUGGCCCGCUCUCCUCAGUUAACCGAUAGUGCGCUGCCUUCGCCGAUCAAAACCCUCACUCCUCAGCCUUCUGGGGAGAAGCCGUUACCAGCUCGUCCUCAUACCUGGCUUGAUCAACUUCCACCCCUAAUCCUACGACAUACCGCAAUCGAUCUUCGUGUGCUAGAUCUGAGUCACUGCCCGAAGCUGACCGAUGCGAGCGUUGAAGGCAUCGUGGCACAUGCUCCAUUGCUCCGGUCACUUGCAUUGGCCGGGUGUCCUAACCUUACUGACAAGGCUGUUGAAAGCAUAUCCAAACUUGGCCUUCACCUCGGCAACCUUACCCUUGCACAUUGCCCGCGAAUUACCGACAAUGGUAUUGUGUCCUUGACGCGAUCAUGUACCGAGCUUCGAUCUGUUGACUUGGCAUUCUGCCGACAGUUAACUGAUAUGGCUGUAUUUGAAUUAGCUAGCCUAGAACAAAUUCACCGCCUUGUUCUUGUCCGUGUACCAAAGCUGACCGACAACGCUGUCUAUUUCCUUGCGGACCAUACCCCUUCAUUGGAGCGAUUGCACCUUUCAUAUUGCGACCGCAUCACACUCAAGUCGUUACAUCACCUAGUCCGAACUUGCAAUCGCCUUGUGCACCUUACUGCGACUGGUGUACCUGGUGCAAGGCGGACCGGCGUCGGGCGGUUUUCUGACCCGCCUCCUGCGGAUCUGGACCCCGAUCAGAAGUCGGUUUUCCGUGCCUUUAGUGGUCCGAAUAUAGCGGCGCUGCGCAAGUUCCUCGACAAGGAGAAACUGAGACGCGAACAAGCGGAGGCUCAGAACAUUCCAUUUGUGCCCCGAUCGGAUGAUAGCAUGGAUCUGUAUUAG